UGGGUAUAAAAGACUCCGCCCGAGCAGGCAGCCGCCAUUCUGGGGUUCGUUUAGAGGUUUGAAUUUUCUCGGAGAAAGACAGGCCGGCCACGAGGAAAAAAAAGAAACAAGCCGCAGCACCAUCUAAGCCCUUGAAAGGAUCCUGAGAGGGGGGAAAGGGAAAACAGCAGCCACCAGCCCAACCACUUGUGUCUUCUGCCCCUUCCCACCUAUCUUGCCCACCCCACCAGCCCACGCUGCAUGGGACUUGAAAUCUGUGGCCGAAGGACCGUCACCACAUAACUUCAAAAAUAAUCAACCACCCACCCAUCCCAAACCCACCCAAAUUCACUCAUCCAGCGUUUACUUUUUUGAAUCCACUCAGAACUUUUUUUCUACGACCCCCCUCCCUAAAUGGAGUUGGGUGGGGGGAAAAUGAAUACUGAGUUGGCCUUCAUUUUUUUAAGAGACUUUUUGAUCCAAUGAGGCCCCCCAAAUAAUUGAGUUUUGGGUCCUGGUUGGUUGUUUUAUUUUUUUUCUCCAAAAUUUUAACCCCCUCCCCCCCUGAGCCCGAGGUGCUGACGUCGCAAAAAAAUUGGAUAAAACCUCGAUCAUGGGUUCGGGUCCCAUAGAUCCCAAAGAGCUUCUCAAGGGCCUGGAUAGCUUCCUUAACCGAGAUGGGGAAGUCAAGAGUGUGGAUGGGAUUUCCAAGAUCUUCAGCCUGAUGAAGGAGGCACGAAAGAUGGUGAGUCGAUGCACUUACUUGAACAUUCUCCUGCAGACCCAGUCACCAGAAAUAUUGGUCAAGUUUAUUGAUGUUGGUGGCUACAAGCUGCUUAACAAUUGGCUGACCUAUUCAAAGACAACCAACAACAUUCCCCUCUUGCAGCAAAUUCUGUUGACCCUGCAGCACCUCCCGCUCACUGUGGACCAUCUCAAGCAGAACAACACAGCCAAACUGGUGAAGCAGCUGAGCAAGUCCAGUGAGGAUGAAGAGCUCCGGAAAUUGGCUUCAGUCCUUGUCAGUGACUGGAUGGCUGUCAUCCGCUCCCAGAGCAGUACCCAGCCUGCUGAGAAAGAUAAGAAAAAACGUAAAGAAGAGGGGAAGAGUCGAACCACCCCUCCUGAGCGACCCUUGACUGAGGUGAAGACUGAGACCCGGGCUGAGGAGGCCCCAGAGAAGAAGAAAGAGAAACCUAAGUCUCUCCGAACAACGGCACCCAGUCACGCCAAAUUCCGUUCCACUGGGCUAGAGCUGGAGACCCCAUCUUUGGUGCCUGUGAAGAAGAAUGCCAGUGCAGUGGUAGUUUCUGACAAGUACAAUCUUAAACCCAUCCCCCUCAAGCGUCAGAGCACCACAGUUGCUCCAGGAGAUGCUGCACCCCCUGCAGAGAAGAAAUACAAGCCGCUGAACACCACACCGAAUGCCACCAAAGAGAUCAAAGUGAAGAUCAUCCCACCACAGCCGAUGGAGGGCCUGGGCUUUCUGGAUGCGCUCAAUUCAGCCCCUGUUCCAGGCAUCAAAAUUAAGAAGAAGAAGAAGGUGCUGUCACCUACAGCUGCCAAGCCAAGCCCAUUUGAAGGCAAAGCGAGCACAGAACCAAGCACAGCCAAACCUUCUUCCCCAGAACCAGCACCUCUUUGUGAGGCUAUGGACACAGACCGCCCAGGCACCCCAGUUCCCCCUGUUGAAGUCCCAGAGCUCAUGGAUACAGCCUCUUUGGAGCCAGGAGCGCUGGAUGCAAAGCCAGUGGAGAGUCCUGGAGAGCCUAGCCAGCUGACCCGGAAAGGCAGGAAGAGGAAGACUGUGACGUGGCCGGAGGAGGGCAAACUGAGAGAAUAUUUCUAUUUUGAACUGGAUGAAACUGAACGAGUAAAUGUGAAUAAGAUCAAGGACUUUGGCGAGGCAGCUAAGCGAGAGAUACUGUCAGACCGACAUGCAUUUGAGACGGCCCGGCGUCUGAGCCAUGACAACAUGGAGGAGAAGGUGCCCUGGGUGUGCCCACGGCCCCUGGUUCUGCCCUCACCCCUUGUCACCCCUGGAAGCAACAGCCAGGAGCGAUAUAUCCAGGCUGAGCGGGAGAAAGGAAUCCUCCAGGAGCUCUUCCUAAACAAGGAAAGUCCUCAUGAACCUGAUCCUGAGCCCUAUGAACCUGUCCCCCCGAAGCUCAUCCCCCUAGAUGAGGAGUGUUCCAUGGAUGAGACCCCAUAUAUUGAGACCCUGGAGCCGGGAGGAGCUGGUGGCUCACCUGAUGGGCCAGGUGGCUCCAAGUUGCCUCCUGUCCUGGCCAAUCUCAUGGGAAGCAUGGGUGCUGGGAAGAGCCCCCAGGGUCCUGGAGGAGGAGGCAUCAAUGUCCAAGAGAUCCUCACCUCCAUCAUGGGUAGCCCAAAUAGUCAUCCCUCAGAGGAACUGCUAAAGCAACCAGACUAUUCAGACAAGAUCAAGCAGAUGCUCGUGCCACAUGGACUCUUAGGCCCUGGUCCAAUAGCCAAUGGUUUCCCACCAGGAGGCCCUGGGGGCCCCAAGGCCAUGCAACACUUCCCCCCUGGGCCUGGGGGACCUAUGCCAGGUCCUCAUGGAGGCCCUGGUGGGCCAGUGGGUCCACGUCUCUUGGGUCCCCCACCCCCUCCACGAGGGGGUGAUCCCUUCUGGGAUGGCCCAGGUGACCCCAUGCGGGGUGGCCCAAUGCGGGGGGGUCCAGGACCAGGUCCUGGACCAUACCAUAGAGGCCGUGGUGGCCGAGGAGGAAAUGAACCACCUCCUCCUCCUCCCUUCCGGGGGGCCAGAGGAGGUCGCUCUGGAGGAGGACCCCCAAAUGGACGAGGGGGCCCUGGUGGGGGCAUGGUUGGAGGUGGUGGGCAUCGUCCACAUGAAGGCCCUGGUGGGGGCAUGAGCAGCAGCAGCGGACACCGCCCCCACGAAGGCCCUGGCAGCGGCAUGGGUGGUGGGCACCGGCCCCACGACGGCCCAGGCGGUAGCAUGGGUGGAGGCGGGGGACAUCGUCCCCAUGAAGGCCCUGGUGGUGGCAUGGGCAGUGGAAGUGGCCAUCGACCCCAUGAAGGCCCUGGCAGUGGCAUGGGUGGAGGCAGUGGACAUCGCCCCCAUGAAGGUCCUGGUGGAGGAAUGGGUGCUGGAGGUGGACAUCGCCCCCAUGAAGGCCCUGGUGGGAGCAUGGGUGGAAGUGGUGGACAUCGCCCCCAUGAAGGUCCUGGACAUGGGGGGCCCCAUGGCCACCGGCCUCAUGAUGUCCCUGGUCACCGAGGCCAUGACCAUCGAGGGCCACCACCUCAUGAGCACCGUGGCCAUGAUGGCCCUGGCCACGGAGGAGGGGGCCACCGAGGGCACGAUGGAGGCCACAGCCAUGGAGGAGACAUGUCAAACCGCCCUGUUUGCCGACAUUUCAUGAUGAAGGGCAACUGCCGCUACGAGAACAACUGUGCCUUCUACCACCCGGGUGUUAAUGGGCCCCCCCUGCCCUAGGGACCGCCGCCUCUGCCCCACCCACACACACCCCUGUGGACUGCAGCCUUGCUCCUUCCACCCUGUUAUGGCUUCUGUGAGGCCCACGUUCCCCUGUCCCCAGCUGAGGAGGAGCCGGCCCCCUCAGUUCCCACCUGCUUGGGUUGCUGGGGGUUUUCUGAUCACUGGUGCGCAUUGAUGUACAUACUUUCCUCCAGUCUGAGGAGGAGAGAGACUGGCUACAUUCUGUACCCUGGACUGCUGAAGAGAAGACCCAGUUGGCUUCAUUUUUUUGAGGAGAUGUGCCCUAUAACCCCAAACCCCUUUCCAGUAUUACCCUUUAUGCCUGAGAACCUAAAGCUGGUUAUCCUGGAGAACACCUCUACUCUCCUAUUGUGGGUCCUCCACAUGCACACAGAACUGACACGGGAUCAGCUGCACUUAUGAAAUCAUCCCAGCCAAGUUCAUUCUUCUCAUGGGGUGGGGAGAUGGUAAAAGGGGUAUUAGAUAUCCCACUGCACUGAGAGGGCUCAAUCAGGCUGGAUUUGAGUUCUGGAAUACAUCAUCCCCACUUCUGCCCUGGCACAGGCUUUCCAUUGAGUCUCUUCUCAAGUAAGACUUCGCAACCUUCUGUGAACACCCAGGUCUGCGUCAUGGGUCUGCUAGGUUCAGUGAUGGUCAAUUCACGUCUGCAUCCAGUGGAAGUUGCAGCUGGCACGGGUGAGGCUAGUGGUGUCGGCCCACCCUUGCCUGCAGCUCAUUCUGGAAACUGUAAAACACUUCAGUGAGACCAGCUUUCCAUCAACUUGGCCACAUUCUGGGCCUGACAGUCACACUACACGCACUGCCUUCAGGAGCUGGCGCCGCUCUGCCCCCACCUGGAGCCUUGUCGGUGCGAGGCCUCUGGCUCCCUUGCCCUGUCAGCCACCUCUGAGUCCCACCAGGUGCCUUCCUGGGUGGGUGCCGCAAGCUGACGUGCCCUUCCCCAGCCCUCUCCUUCCCAGGUCUCGGCAUCAGUUUGUUUUCUAUGAAAACAGUGGAUUGGUUGGCUUUUGUGCAGGGUCUUGGGUUAGAGCCACGAUGGAUUUGAGGGAUGAGUAUUUUUUUUCUUUUGGUUUUGUAUAUUUUGUACAUUAAUAAUAAACAGUGGAAAGAGAAGCAGCUUAUUUAA